AUGUCCGAAUCAUGGUCCGAUCUCAAGCUGCAAACGGCGCCACCAGCGCCCGACCCAUCGGUACUACUAUCGGUGCCAGCACCCAACAUCCUGCUGGUGACCAUCAACCGGGUGAAGCAGAUGAACUCCAUCCCCUUCCCGGUCCAUUGGUACCUGCAUCGGGUGUUUGAGUGGUUCGACCAGGAGCCGACGCUGCGCGUGGCCGUCAUGACCGGCGCGGGCCCCAAGGCGUUCUGCGCCGGCCAGGACCUGAUCGAGCUGGGCAAACGCGACCCCAAGGUCCUGGAGGAGCAGCCUUAUCUCGCCAUGCACCCGUCCACCGGUUUUGCGGGCAUGAGUCGGAGGGUGGGCAAGAAGCCCAUCAUCGCGGCCGUCAAUGGCUUUGCGUUGGGUGGUGGAUUCGAGAUUGUUCUGAAUUGCGACAUGAGCGUAGCCUCACCAACCGCGACUUUCGGACUUCCCGAAGCCCUGCGCGGCAUCUACGCGGGCGCGGGCGGGCUGCCUCGACUGGUCCGCAACGUGGGGAUCCCACUGGCGUCGGAAAUCAGCAUGACGGGGCGGACGCUGACGGCGGCCGAAGCGCUGCAGUACAAUCUGAUCAACAAGGUGUCCAAGUCGCCGGAGACGGUGGUGCAAGAGGCGGUGGCGCUGGCCACCAAGGUCGCCAACAUCAGCCCGGACGCCAUCAUCGUCACGCGCGCCGCGCUCCGCGAGACCUGGGAGACCGCCAGCGUCGAGCGUGGCUAUAUCCUCGUCGACGAGCGGUACAAGCGCGGCCUUAUGGCCGGCGAGAAUACCAAGGAGGGCUUGGCCGCUUUUAGGGAGAAGAGGAAGCCUGUUUGGAAGCCUAGUAAAUUGUAG